AAGACACAACCUUUGACACCUUUCCAAGCUUCCCCCUUGAUCUUCUUUAAGACCACAUACCCUCACCCUCUUCUGAACUCUUCUUCCUCCUCCCAGAAUCUUUGACAGUCUUCCCACACUUUUCCAAUCACUGAAUUCAAGGCUGGCACUUUUGUUAUGGAAAGCAAAAUCAAAUGGGAUAUCAACUGACAACCUCCUCACCAAUGUACUUCUUCUUUCCCAAAUAUUCUCGCUCAAAAUCUUGAAGAGAGAUUCUCAACUGGGUCAAAGCCAUCAUUGCCCCUCCAAGAUCAAAACCGAUUCCCCAUAUGUCUUUGCUGAACCGCCACGAUUUGAUCGAGAGGCAAUGCAAGAUCAGGAAGCGAGGCUGUUCGUCUUCGUCGUCGUCUUCGUUGGUGCGUAGGUACAGACUGAAGCGGGCCAUUCUCGUCGGGAAGCGUGCCGGGUCGAGUACUCCGGUGCCUACUUGGAAGACUUCGACCAGCCCCAGAUCGCCGGCUAACUUUGCCGCCAUGCCGAAGAAGCAAAAGGGUCUUCUUCAGCAGCAGCAGCAGCAGCAUUCUUCCAAAGAUGAUGGGAAGGGGAAGGAGGUGAUGUCAGUGUCGGCGAGGAAGCUUGCGGCUACGUUGUGGGAGAUCAAUGAAGUUUCUGUCUUGAAAAGUAAAGAGUCUAAGAGAGAGGAGGGUGUUGCUCCAAUGCCGCCGAAGUUGGCAGAUCCAUCUUAUUCUCCUAUUUCAGAGAGGAAAGCUGGAUCUGGAGGUGGACACCAGAGAAGAUUGUCGGCUGUUUCUCAUAGAAUACAACUGACUGAUCACUAUUUGGGAGAGUUUGAGACGCAUAGCAAUCGAAGUGUAAUUGAGGUCAAAGAUCAAUCACAUGGAAAAACUGAUCGAAAAUGCCUCAAUACCUGCUUGAAGGAGGUCGGCAAUGGCCUUACUACAUCAAAGGAGCUCGUAAAAAUUCUAACUCGUGUUUGCUGUCUUGAAGAACAGAAAAAUUCCUUAUAUAUGCCCUUGCUGACAGCUUUACAAGCCGAACUCGAUCGAGCACGUGUCCAGGUUCAUCAAUUUAUCCGAGAACAGAGGUCAAACUGCAAAGAAAUUGAGUACCUGAUGAAGCAUUUUGCAGAAGAAAAGGCAGCCUGGAAAAGCAAGGAGCGAGAGAAAGUACGUGCUGCUGUAGCAUGUAUAGCAGAAGAACUUGAAGUAGAGAAGAAGCUGAGAAAACAAACGGAACGGUUGAACAAAAAGCUUGGCAAAGAACUGGAAGAUAAAAAUGUAGCUCUGUCAAAGGCAACAAAAGAACUUGAGAGGGAGAAGAGAGCAAAGGAGAUUUUUGAGCAAGUUUGUGAUGAGUUAGCUGUAGGUAUGGGGGAAGAUAGGGCCCAUGUUGAAGAACUAAAGAGGGAGUCGGAAAGGGUGCGGGAAGAGGUGGAAAAGGAGAGAGAAAUGCUGCAGCUAGCAGAUGUGUUGCGUGAGGAGAGAGUUCAGAUGAAGCUCUCAGAAGCAAAGUACCAUUUUGAAGAGAAAAAUGCAGCUGUCGAGCAACUGAAGAAUGAGCUAGAGGGCUACUUGAGAUCUCAUAAGGGUGAAGGCAGUGGUUACUCACCAGACAUCAAAAGAAUCAAGGAACUUGAGGCUUACUUGAAGAAAAUAAAUUUUGGGUCAUUUCAGACCAUAAAGGAAAGAGAUCAUAAGAAGGAAGUUGCAUUCAGAGAAGAGUGUGAUGAAGAAGAUUCAGGUGAUGAUUGUCAUUCCAUAGAACUAAACAUGGACAAUAGUAAUAGGAUGUACAAGUGGAGCUAUGCUUUUGGAGACGAUGCUGAAGAUGAUUCGAAAAGGAGUUCAGUUGAUAAACAAUUUAAAGGAAGAAGGUCUCUAUCUGAAAAGAUACAAUGGGAAAACAUAUGCUUAAACAAAAGUUCCACAGGCACUGAUUGGGGAUUUGGCUCAAAAACAGAAGAACACGAAGAUGGGGAUCACACACAAGAACGUGAGACUGAAACAAGACAAACGGAUCAUCUAUGUGUAUCAUAGACCACAUUUUAUGUGAUUCAAAAGUAUGACCAGUUUUAAAGAUUUGCCACAACUUGCUGUUAUCAGUGCUUGCCUACGAAGGAUCUGCGAGUAUGAAGUCAUUAAAAGAGGAAGUUGUACGGCCUUGCCAAAGAGUGUUUCAAUGCGUAACAUACAACUGCCAAGGUCAAGUUAACAUAAAUGUCUUUUUGUUGUAUAGUUUCUCUGAGUAAUGCUUCUCUUGUUUUCUUUCUUCAAAGCUUUAUACAACCUAAAUUGCUUGCAUCAAUCAAAUUCAAUGUUACAGAUAGAUCAAUUGUAUAUAC